AUGGCUGCAGGGAGUCACCUAGGCAGAAUCCAGUCACUGAGCAACCUGCGCCCGUGGCAGCGUUCCCCUGGUCCUGUGCCUGACUGCACCGGGGAUGCUGCAGUGCCUGACGGUGCUGCCACCGAGCCUGACAGCACAGCGCAGCACUCAGGAAUAGAGCUGGAUGGCUCUCCCUUCCCAGCAACGUAUGCCCAUCGAAGAGCAAGCCCUGCCAAGUUCCCGCCCAUCAGCACCAUGGCUUCAAGCUAUAAGAACUGUUUUCCUCAGCACCCCUUGCCCCAGAGCUUCAGCUUCCUCUGGAUGCUCAAUGCCUUCUAUAAAGCAGGUGCCAUCAACUCAGCUUUGGCUCCCUUUUCCAGAAGCUCCCAGGUGUUGGCUCCCAGCAAGACGCUUCCUUUGAUUUCCAACAGAACAACCCCUUUCACCCAGUACACUCCCGAUGACUGGUACAGCUCCAACCUGACCAACUAUGAACAGUCAGAGGCUUCCCGGCACGACGUGGAGCAUCUGAGAGUUGAAACCUCCCGCGUGAUACAGGGUAAAUUUCAGCAAACAAAAACCCAAGAAUAAAGCACCAAAACUCAGGGAGAACAUGCCGCUGAUACAGGAUUUUGGAAGUCAGAACUGUGCCGUGAGCUGGAAGAGGUGGCUGGGGCAAGCAGUGCCCUCACAGACAUGAAGAACUGACUGGAGAGAGCCCUGGCUGGGAUGGAGACCCCUCUCCGGGUCACUCAGGAGUGCGUGUGUCACCAGGAGAAGAGGAUGGGCAUCGACCUAGUCCAUGACGAUGUGGAGAAACGGCUCUUCACAGAAGUCGGCGUCAUCGGGUCCUGCCAGGAGAGGAUGCAGAGGUGCCUGGAUGAGGCAGCAGCCCAGCUCAUGUCCAACUGGGUGGCCCAGCAUGAGCUGGAGAGGGACCUGGCCAACAAGCGGAUGGCCCACCGCAUCGACAGCAAGUGCCACCACCUGAGGAACACCUCCGAUGGCAUCGGCUGCUGCCCAGGGCUGGAGCAGGCUGACGCCACGAUCUCGGUGCCGGAGUCACGGACCAUGUUCACGGACAACAACCUCCUCCCCUCCCAGUGUGAACAGGCGGCCUCUGCCAAGCUGCAGGACAUCAGGAACCUGCUGAUGGUGAUGGCCAACGAGAUGUGGCAGCAUUUCAGCGGGGUGAACGUCACCUUCACCAACCGCAUCUCUGAGACUGCUGAAGCCAAGAGCAAGACCAGACCACUGGCCAAGACACUGCAGGAAAUCUUCCAGAUCAAGGUGAACAUAGGAGCCAUCUGAAAAGCCAUUAAGGACAAAAGGUGUCCCUUAAAAGUGGCUCAGACCCGGCUGGAUGAGCGCACAUGGAGACCAGAUGUGGAGCUGUGCCAGGAUGCUGCCCAGCUCUGCCUCAUCAAGGAGGUCCAUGAAAUCAAGGAGAUGAUCCCAAGCCUUCAGCAGCAGCUGAGACGUGCUGAGGGUGUGCUGCAAGUGCUGCUUCGUGCCAAGUUGGUCUUGGACCUGGCCGUCACAGCCAGCUGGCUCUCCAUCGACCAGGGGACCUGCAUGGGGAUGCGCGAGACCUCUCCCAGCACCACGCGACUCUUGGGUUAUGUCUAGGCUGGGCUCUGCUGGGCCCACGCAAUCUGUUGCAGGGGAUAUUCCCAGCUUUGCUAGGAUGCGUUUCCAGCUCUGCUAAGAUGCUUGGCUUUGAAAAUACAUGUUUAGACUUCCACUUCCUGUUGAAAGCCCUGAGUAGAAAUUAAAUGAUUGCUUUGUGUGUUA